ACUAUAUUUUAUAUUUUGUCUAAAAUUAUUGCAAGAUAUUUCUGGUUCCAGACUAACGUUAGCGGAGAUUUGGGAGGAUCGGAGCCAAGUUAUGAGCUGAGAUGAGGAUGACACUUCUGAGAUCAUGUUAUUCUGCCAUUGUCAUUAUCUCUUGUACUGGAUGUUGUAUCAUGGCAGAUACAGUGAGAGAGCCUCUUGAUAGACCAAAUAUAUUGCUCUUCCUUGCAGAUGAUAUGGGAUAUGGAGAUCUUGAAUCCUAUGGUCAUCCCAGUCAAGAAUCUGGUCCUAUUGACCAGAUGGCCCGAGAAGGCAUGAAGUUCAGUCGAUGGUACAGUCCAGAUGUAUUGUGUAGUCCUAGUAGAGGCGCAAUGCUAACAGGACGCUUACCAGUGCGUGUUGGACUCUACGGACCAGCCAGGGUGUUUGAGAUGUCUACAAGCUAUGGCCUACCCAAAUCAGAGACGACCAUAGCUGAAAUGCUCAAGGAACAGGGUUAUCAUACCGGUAUGGUGGGCAAAUGGCAUCAAGGUAUCAACGAGUUCUCUCACAAUGAUGGUAACCAUCUACCUCAUCAUCAUGGUUUUGAUUUUGUUGGUCAUCUUAUACCCUUCACUAAUCAUUGGAUGUGCGAUGAAACCAAGAUUUACAUAGAUGCACCAGAUAGAUAUUACUGCCUGCUUUAUUACAAUGAUACAAUCAUCCAGCAACCGCUCAGCCAUAGAAAUCUGACCGAGAGACUGGUAGAAGAUGCUAAAUCAUUCAUCUUUGAUCAUCAGGAUGAGCCUUUCUUUUUCUACUUCUCUUUCCCUCAAGUCCACACUGACAUGUUCAGCAGUCCAAAGUUCAGUGGUUCUUCUAAACGUGGUCGCUAUGGUGAUUCAUUGAAUGAGAUGAGCUGGGCUGUUGGUGAGACCCUGUCAGCCAUCAAGGAGGCUGGUCUAGAGAGGAACACACUCGCUCUCUUCCUAUCUGAUCAUGGACCACAGACAGAGGUCUGCAAUGAAGGGGGAUCAUCAGGAAUAUUGAAAGGUUCCAAAGAUUCCACCUGGGAAGGGGGUAUCCGUGUUCCUGCUAUAGCAAGAUGGCCAGAUACCAUAGCACAAGGCAGCCACUCUCAAGCCAUCAUAAGCAGCAUGGAUAUAUUCGCCACUGCAGCAGAUCUGUCGGGAGGAAAGCUGCCCCAAGAUCGCAUCAUGGAUAGCAGCAGCUUCUUACCCAUACUCACCGGAACAUCAGCAGAGCAUCGGAAGGUCCUGUUCCACUACUGCAGUGACAGGCUGAUGGCUGUCACGUACGGUGUCUUCAAAGCUCAUUUUUACACCAAACCAGCAAUGAACUUGGAACAACUAGCAACCAAGUGUAGGAAAGGUUGGAUACCUACAGGACCUUACCACCUUUGCUUUUCAUGUGACCCACCCUGUGCCGUACAUCAUGAACCACCGUUACUAUACAACAUAGGGGUCGAUCCUUCCGAGUUGUCGCCCCUGAAUACUAGGAAAUAUCUAGAUGUCCUUAGUGAAGUUGAAAGAAUCGUAGAAGAGCAUCAGAAAACUCUGGUGAAAGGCGACUCAUUGUUUAUACGAGAGCGAGCUUUGUGGUUGAAUCCAUGUUGCAAUCCUCCAUACUGUAUGUGCAAUUAUGAUAGAACUUUAUAUCUCAAGGAACUUGGGCUUUCAUAAAAUGAAUUAUAAUAUCAAGAGAUGUUUCAUAUAUAUUUUCUUACUGCAAUAUGUAUUUAUAAUACAAGGGGAAAAUCAAUUACAUACAGGUGUAUGCAGGGUCGUGGGUUCGAAUCCCAGCCAUGGCGUGAUUUGCUUCUGCAAGAAACUGAACCACAAUGUGCUGCACUCAACCCAGGUGAG